AUGGGAAAUCUGCUACAUGGUCUGGCCUUUGCCUUCCUGGUGGCAUCUUCCGCCUGCCGCGACAUCCCCAGCAAUGUUCAGUCAUUCGUCGAUCGAGUAAAGAGCGGCAAAUGUGAAGGCGGUUCGAUCCUCCAAGAUGGCUUCUACGCCAACUACGCCGGAGGCAAGACCCAAGCCUACUGCCAAGACGACGCAACAGGCGCCAUCUACAUCGUCGGCGACAGCGGUUCUCUCGCAGACAUGGACGUCGACUGCGACGGCGCUCAAUCCGACCACGGCGACGGACGGUGCGGCUACUCGGACGAUACCUAG